UCAAAGAUCAGUGUAGCUCGAACAUUGUUUUGCUGAUAGGUGGUCAGGCAGGAUGCUUUUCCAGGUCAUCCUGCUCACCGCCCUUGGGCAAGCAACUUCGCAAGACCAUGUGGCCCAGCGACAAUUGAGCUUUCGCAAGCCCGACUCGUUUCAGCAGCUGUCAGUUGCGGCCAAAGUUCGCCGCCGCCUAGAGGAAGACCUCUUUGGCGAUAACAACGGGUCGUAUCUCUAUGGCUACGGCCAAAACACCUCGGGUUCCUAUGGCUACGGCCAAAACACCUCGGGUUCCUAUGGCUAUGGCCCCUAUGGUAAUGCCUCUGGCUCCGGUGGUUACGGUCCAUACGGCUACGGGAACAAGAGCUGGCUGGAAUGCCCAGAACAGUAUUGCUAUUCCAUUGUCUACACUGAUGAUGGAGAAGUCGACUGGGAUGCCACGUUGCAGGUGACGGAGUACACCUGUGGCACCUGGGAAGAAGGAUGCCCGUGCCACGAGAAGUUCGAGGUCCAGUGCGAAAGCUACGGCUACAAGAUGUGCUACCCGAAGACAGAGGGCUGCUCUGAUCCCUUUGAAGUCGAGUGCGAUGAUGAGACAGAGCGCGUCUGCAAGGACGAGUGGUCUGCCUACUGCUGGGACAAGUCUUGGGGAAGCUGCCCGGUCACCUGCAGCCACGAGGAAACGUAUUGCUACUCCUAUGUCUACGAUUCUACAGGAGAAGUGAACUGGACGGCUCCACAGACCCAGUUCUGUGCCAAUAUGACCACUGGCUGCCCUUGUGAUCCCCAAUGGGAGGACACGUGCACUGACUCAUGGGGCUACAGCUGGUGCACUCCCAAGACUUACCCGUGCCCAAUCGAAUGCGGCCAUGGUGAGCAGGUGUGCCACAGCUACACCUACCUGCCCACGGGUGAACCAGAUUGGUCCGUCCCUCAUAACCAGAGCUGCGCCCCUUGGAAUGGCAGUUGCCCAUGCCACCCCCAGUUUGAGGAGCUCUGCACUGACUCUUGGGGCUAUUCCUUCUGCCAACCCACGCACGGCGGCCAUUCCUGUCCUAUUACCUGCAAGGAAGAUGAGCACUAUUGCUGGGAGACCCCCUACGAUGAGUUUGGGAACGUGAACUAUUCUGCUCCAUGGAAGGAAAGCUGCGCCGCUGCAGAAGCUGGUUGCCCCUGUGAUCCAGUCUGGGAGCACCAAUGCACUGUAUCUGGAUAUGGCUAUUCGAGCGGCUACUCCUGGUGUGAAAGCAAGUCUUACAGUUGCCCUGUAGACUGUGGUGACGCUGUCACGUGCUGGCACUACUCCGGCAAUACAAGCUGUGCCACUGACAGCGGAUGCAGCUGCGAAGCCGACGAACUCGCCUGCCAGGACUCUGCAGGAAAGACUGAGUGCUAUGCAAAGGAAUGGUAUGGAGAGACCUGCCCUUUGACGUGCAACUAUGACACGGAGAACUGGUGCUACCGCGUGGGAUUCGACUCGCAGGGUAUGAUGACAUGGACAGAGUACUGCUACACCAGGGAAAGUGACGAUGACUGGUGGUGCCCUGUGCUCUGCGACGAGGCCACGGCAAAGACCUGUGGAACGGGCGACUUCGCCGAGUGCGUGGCCUUGACGGACGAAUGCCCAGAGGUUUGCACCUCCGAACAGCAGACUUGCUGGGUUUCCAACUACGACACCCAAGGCAACUACCUGAGUGGCAAAGACAAGUGCGCGCCAAAGGACGAAGAGUGCCCCUGUGGUGAGAACAGCCAGCUCUGCACCUUUGAUGGCUGGUCGUAUUGCGAGUCAAGAUAUUAUGGUUGUCCAUUGACUUGCGCUGCGGACGAAAAGUACUGCUACCCAAUGUCCUACACGCCUGAAGGUCUUUACGACCCAGAUGCCAAUGUCCAAGAAUCUUGUGCAAAAUUGAAUGCCACCUGCCCAUGUGGUGCAAAUGCCAAGCCAUGCAAAUGGACAGAUGAUUGGGGCUAUGAAGAGGAGUGGUGCUUUGCAGAAGUUGAAUCAUGCCCGGUCACCUGCUCUUCAGAUCAAAAGAGGUGCUACCUCACGGACUUCAACGCUUCCGGAUAUCCCGAGAAAUUCUCCGAAAGCUGCGUCGCAAAGACUCGGUCCUGCACUUGUGGAACGAAUUCUCAAGAAUGCUAUGAUCCACUCUUCGAAGAGAACUUCUGCUAUCCUUUGGUUGACUUCUGGACCAAUGAGCCGAUGAAGUGCCCAGUCUACUGCACCGACAAGCAAGACUACUGCUACAUUCCCAGCUUCGACACCAAGGGGAAUUGGAUCAGCACAACGGAGGAAUGCGUUCCAAAAGGCCAAGCUUGCGAUUGCACCAAGGGGCAAAACGCAUUCUCCUGCACUUGGACAGAUCCGCUCUGGGGAUCUUGGACGGAGUGCCUGCCCACCCACAACGGAUAUUGCCCAAGUGACUGCCCAACAGGUGAAGUCGCGUGUGACAUGGUCGAAGACUACCUGCCCAACGGCACCUCCUUGGGAUUGGUUCAACCUUCGGUGAAAUGCGCUGCAAGCUACGAUAAAUGCCCCUGCAGCAAGGAGGCUUCGCGCUGCCCAAAUCAGGGCUGCAUCUUCAAGGACGAAGGAUGCGCCGCCGAAUGUGGAGCGAAUGAAAAGAAAUGCUAUGUGUCAGACUUCACCGAGGGAGGCGUCUUGAUCAGCGACCAGGAGUUCUGUGUUCCCAAGAAGGACACGUGCCAAUGCGGUAAGAACACGGCCAAGUGUGACAACAGCGACCUAUGCCUGCCCCUGGCCGAAAAGGAACUGGUCUGUCCCUGCAAGGGAUCCGAGACGUCUUGCAAUGUGGCGGACUAUGACAAGAAUGGCGUGGUGACGGGCUUCUCCACGCAAUGCGUCAAGGAUGGCACCGCCUGUCCGUGUGGAAAGAACACCAUCAGCUGCCCUGAUCCCAACGAUGUGCUGAAGAAAGAGUGUGUUCCCAGCCACAAUCACAAGAAGUGCCCCGAGCCUUGUACCGUUGAUGCCAUCGUUGCAGGCCAACAGACUUGCGUGCAGAUCAACCUGGAUGACAAGGGAAAUUUCAAAUCUGAGACUGUCACAUGCAUCAGUGAGAAUGCGACCUGCGGCGUGGGCGAGGGAAUGAAGCGCUGCCCAUCGGGAGCGGUGAUCGCAGUGGAUACCACUUGCGUCAACAAGUAUGCUGCCACUUCCGGAGGCCGUCGUUUGAGCAGCCGCCGUAUGAGCACAACUCAGACUGCUCAGAGGGAGACCUGCAGCGCCAUCAUCACCAUGUCGAGCUUGCGAUCAGAUGCUGUCUCCAAAGCCGAGACUGUCCGAGCGAAGAUGAACAGUGCACUCCAAAUGCCGGGCGGUUUCAAGAGCACUCUCACCAUUAAGUCAUCGACAUCACGCCGCUUGGAGAGGAAUCGAAAACUCAGUCGAAAACUGAGUACAGCCGCAGCCACCAUGAUCUUCAACAUUGACAAUCAAGGAAUUUCCUCAUCGGUGAGUCCAGGGCAGGUCUGCGAGGAAUUGAAGAAGAUGGUGAAGAGCAGCAGUCCGGCCCUGACCAACGCUGUGAGCCUUGCUGGAGUGAUUGAUUCAAAGGCUGGUGUGAACCUAGAGAUCUCCACGGCGACCUUGCACAGUCGAAGCGAAGCGGCUGUGGAGCAGAGGAAUGAGAAGGCUGGAAUCACCACCCGAGCGCCAUCGACAACUGCGGCCACAACGGCCACAACGGCCACGUCGGGAUCAAGCGCUGCUUCAACGACAGAUGCUUCGUCAACAUCUGCGCAGGUCAGUACGACUGCGGGCACGACGCAAACGCAGGUGGAGGAGACCUCGGGCGCAAGGGUGCUGCGCGGACUUGCCGCGUUGCUCACGGCCAUGGUCGUUGUGGAGCGAAGCUAAGUCGCUCGAGGCAUAACGAGCCAUGGGACACAACAAUGCAGCGAACUCUGCGAAGCAGAGUUGCGCCCUGUGACGUGUUAUUUUUUGUUGGGAAGCACCACAACUUGGAUAUC